AUGACCAGCACUACAGCUCACAAUGUACCAAUUGAUCAGCACUACAACUCACAAUGUAACAAUGACCAGCACUACAGCUCACAAUGUACCAAUGACCAGCACUACAACUCACAAUGUAACAAUGACCAGCACACAACUUACAAUGUACCAAUGACCAGCACUACAACUCACAAUGUAACAAUGACCAGCACUACAGCUCACAAUGUACCAAUUGAUCAGCACUACAACUCAAAUGUAACAAUGACCAGCACUACAGCUCACAAUGUACCAAUGACCAGCACUACAACUCACAAUGUAACAAUGACCAGCACUACAACUUACAAUGUACCAAUGACCAGCACUACAACUCACACUGUAACAAUGACCAGCACUACAGCUCACAAUGUACCAAUUGAUCAGCACUACAACUCACAAUGUAACAAUGACCACACUACAGCUCACAAUGUACCAAUGACCAGCACUACAACUCACAAUGUAACAAUGACCAGCACUACAACUUACAAUGUACCAAUGACCAGCACUACAACACAAUGUAACAAUGACCAGCACUACAGCUCACAAUGUACCAAUAACCAGCACUACAGCUCACAAUGUACCAAUGACCAUCACUACAGCUCAGAAUGUACCAAUGACCAGCACUACAACUCACAAUGUAACAAUGACCAGCACUACAACUCACAAUGUAACAAUGACCAGCACUACAGCUCACAAUGUACAAUGACCAGCACUACAACUCACAAUGUAACAAUGACCAGCACUACAACACAAUGUAACAAUGACCAGCACUACAGCUCACAAUGUACCAAUGACCAGCACUACAACUCACAAUACCAAUACCAGCACUACAACUCACAAUGUAACAAUGACCAGCACUACAACUUAAAUGUAACAAUGACCAGCACUACAACUCACAAUGUAACAAUGACCAGCACUACAAAUUACAAUGUACCAAUGACCAGCACUACAACUCACAAUGUAACAAUGACCAGCACUACAACUUACAAUGUAACAAUGACCAGCACUACAGCUCACAAUGUACCAAUGACCAGCACUACAACUCACAAUGUAACAAUGACCAGCACUACAACUUACAAUGUAACAAUGACCAUCACUACAGCUCACAAUUGCCAAUACCAGCACUACAGCUCACAAUGUAAUGACCAGCACUACAACUCACAAUGUAACAAUACGGCACUACAACACAAUGUAACAAUGACCAGCACUGCUCACAAUGUACCAAUGACCAGCACUACAACUCACAAUGUAACAAUGACCAGCACUACAAAUUACAAUGUACCAAUGACCAGCACUACAACUCACAAGUCUCCCUAUACCUGA